AUGCCAUCUGCAGAAAUCGAUCCUCUGAGCUUUGCACUGCGACCGCCACCAGGAGAGACCAACGAGGCCCGCCAGCAGCGACUCAAGAACGAGGCAGAGGCCAAGAUUCGCUCAAACCGCAUCGACGAGCUUUUACGGGCUGAGCGAGAUGCUCUAAAGCGCAAGCGUGGCACAGACGCAGAUGUAAAGCUCCUGUUGCUCGGACAAGCUCAUUCUGGCAAGAGCACAUUGACAAAGCAGUUUCAACUCCUCUACGCGCCAGAGACACUUGAGAGCCAGCGAUCCUCAUGGAAACCCGUCGUGUACCUCAACGUCUUACACGCGGUCCGCCAGAUUCUUGAUACCCUCGAUGAGGAUGAAGACAGCGCAUACAUGUCGGACAAGUCGAAUGGAGACUAUCGACGAUCGCAAAAGUCGGAACUCUACCAACGCCAGAUCUACAGCCUCCGCCUGCGAUUGGCACCACUCUUAUCAGUAGAAGAAACCCUGACGCGCUCACUAGCGUCUGCAGGGCAUGGCUUGUCCUCCCCCUCCCAAGGUCCCCUAGUGCGACCUGGCUGGGCCUCGCGUAGCAACAGCACAAGCGAGUUCACUGAGGAUAUAAUAGACGACAGGGACCCGUAUGGCCCCACCGCUAUGGGUGUGAACAAUGACGCCGUCGUUGCUCACCUCUUUUUUGAAUCCGCCGAACAUGUCGACGAACUCUGGACGCAUCCGGCCGUCAGGACCCUCGUCAAGCGGCGCAAACUGCGACUAGAAGACUCCCGAGAGUUUUUCCUCGGCGAGAUUGGCCGCAUCGCAUCACCCUACUAUCUCCCUACGACCGACGACAUCCUGCGCUGCCGGCUUCAGACGCUUGGGGUUGCGGAGUAUGAUUUCCCCAUGAAUGUAGGCCGCAAGGCCGUGAUGUGGAGACUCUUCGACGUCGGCGGCUCUCGCGGUCAGCGGCACGCAUGGGUGCCCUUUUUUGAGGACGCUAACGCCAUCAUUUUCCUCGCACCGAUAAGCGCGUUUGAUCAAUACCUCGAAGAGGACUACAAGAUCAACCGAAUCGAUGAUUCGCUCCAGACUUUCACCUCCAUCUGCGCCAACCCGCUUCUCAAGAAUGUGCACCUGGUGCUAUUUUUGAACAAGAUUGACAUCCUGCGCCAGAAGCUCGCCGCAGGUGUCAAAGUCAAGAAGUAUAUUACCUCGUUUGCCAACCGGCCCAACGAAUACGACGAAGUUACGGCAUACUUCAAGGCGCACUUUAUGCAGGUUCACCGGAAAAACAAUGUUGAUCAGAGAAGGGCACUAUAUACUCAUAUGACAUCUGUCGUGGAUACUAAGGCGACGCAGAGCAUUAUCACCAAUGUUCGCGACUCCAUCUUCCGAGGAUACCUUAGAGAUACAUCUCUUGUCUAG